AUGGGUGCUGGAUAUAUCAUCAAGAAUGCCACCGUUGUCUCGGUCGACCCAAAUAUCGGCACUGUUCCCAAUGGCGAUGUUCUGAUAGAAGACGGGUUCAUCACAGCAGUUGGACGAGAUUUGGGACGACCCUCAUGGAACCCCACUGUCAUUGACGGCACGAACGCUAUCGUGUCUCCUGGGUUCAUCGACACUCAUCGACAUACCUGGCAAACCCAACUGAGGACGAUCGGCACCGAUUACGUUCUAUCGGACUAUAUAUUGAACCUGAGACAGAUUUACGGAGCGUCUUAUACUGUUCAGGAUGCAUACCUGGGCAACUACUGUGGCGCGCUGGACUCCAUUGACAAUGGAAUCACAUACUUGAUUGACCAUUCUCAUAUCAUCAACUCUCCCAGCCAUGCCGAUGCUGCUAUCAAAGGACUCCAAGACGCAAAGAUUCGAGCCACGUUCUGUUAUGCUAUGUAUCCGAACCCACAUUGGGAAGGGUCGUGUAUGGACAGAGAGCGGGAAGAGCAAACGCCGGACUGGAGAUUGCAUGAUACUAAACGCGUCUCUGAGAAGUUUUUCAAGUCCAGUCAGCCAGAUGAUCUUCUACGAAUGGGCUUCGCUCUAUCAGAGCCCGACCUGACGCCAAUUGACCGACUUGUCCAGGAAAUCAAGCAUGCAAGAUCGAUCGGGUGCAGUGUUAUCACUGGACAUUUCAACUUCGGUAAAUGGGAUCCGGGCAACUGCAUAGUCAGUCAGUUAGGGCAAAAGGGUGUACUCGGGCCAGACCUUCUACUCAGCCAUGGCAAUACCUUGCGUGACGAUGAGCUGAAAAUGAUCGCACUGCACGAAUGUGGGAUAUCCAGUACACCUGAUACUGAGCUCCAGAUGGGAAUGAGUCAUCCGGUGGCUUUCAAGGCAAAGGACCGCGGCUGCAACGCUUCUCUCGGCGUCGACGUCUGCUGCAGUGCCCCCGCAGACAUGUUUGCGCAAAUGCGGCUGUUGUUGCAGGCUCAACGGCAUCUUGAGCACGAAGCUGGAGAAGGCGCGCCUUUGAAGAUGUCGCGCAACUGCAGCGAAGUACUGGAAAUGGCUACAAUGGGUGGUGCCAGGGCUGUUGGACUGGAAAAAGUCAUCGGUAGUAUCACUCCUGGUAAACGAGCAGAUCUGCUCAUUACCAGAUGUGAUGCUCCUAGAUUGGUUCCGGUUCACGACCCUGUUGGCGCUCUUGUACUAUAUGCUAAUGGCUCGGACAUCGACACGGUAAUGAUUAACGGCGAGAUUGUCAAGUCUGGAGGGAAGUUGACCAACGUGGAUUGGCCUAAGAUCAGAGAGGAAUUGAGAGCAUCAGUCACAGCCAUUAUGGACAGGUCGAAAAAGGUCCCUAUGGAGGAGGUGGAGGCAACUCGGAAUGCCAUGGUGAAGGCCCUGGACGUUAUCAAUCAGCGCCCUCCAGAAGGGAGGCCUAUCGCUUCCACCAAGGUUGCAAGAGCUGUGAAUCGUCCAACCGCUUCUCCUGUCCUUUCACCGCGGCAUGAUUUUGAAGAGCGUUAUGUUGGGAUACCGAAAGCCUUGAUCUCGACACUAGUCGAGCUCUAUUUCGACAAUGUGUACAACGCCCAUCUCCUGCUUCACAGAAGCUCUUUCAUCCAGGCUGUUAUCUCGGGUACCGCCCGUCCCCAUGUCGUUCUCGGGGUAUGCGCCUGGGCAGCGGUAUUUUAUCGAGAUACAAAUGGUCAAGCUGCGCUGAAAGAUCACGGCUUUAUGGUCGAAUGGGCUGAACGCGCCAGUAAAUUGGUAUUUCAAGAGCUGCAUGAAUUCCACGAUGAUAGCAUUGUCACGCUCGUCAACCUGUCUAUUUUCUGGCACGGCCAAGGUUCAUGGAGGAUGGCAAUUCUUCACAAAGCAAGUGCCUGCAAUCUACUGUCUAUCAUAGGCAUCGGGACGGGAACCUGUCAACUGGACUCCCCAUGGGAGUCCGAGAUUCGUCGACGUCGCUCCUGGGCCAGCUACCUGCUGCACUGCCACAAUUCCGAGUCCCUAUCAAACUUCCCAGUCACUGGUAUGGAGAAGCUAGCACUUCCAUGGCCAGAAGCCGAUUUUGAAGCUGGCUACUUGAGGUCAUCUCAAGUCACGCUGGACUCCGCCCAGGGCAAUGGAGGUGUUUAUGCAGAAAUGAUCAAGAUUUUGACGCUUUGGUCUUCAGUGAUAACCUGCAUAAAGAUGACGGAGCCGAGCCUUGCCACGAAGCUGCCCGCGAUGUAUGCUCUCCACGAAAAGCUGUCUGACUGGUGGCGUAGAUUGCCGGCCGAGCUUCGUCUUACACCGGCCAAUAUCGCAGCAGUAUCUAAGAACAUGCUGACCAGGAUCCUACUGGUGAACGUUGUAUAUCAUCAAUCCCUUUGCGCUCUCCAUGCCUCUAUUGUUCCGCUGUUCUGCUGGGGCAAAGGUGAUGAAACCUGGUCCACAGCACGACAACUAUCUGCACAGCUGGCUUAUGAGCAUGCUUGCACAACGUCAGAGCUGCUUGACUCCGUACUAUCAACGGUUGAUAAAUUCAACGCAAUGCCGAGCUUCAUAGCGUAUGGAGCAUAUUGCGGCUGUGCGAUACAAAUCCCUUUCAUGUGGAGCUCGAGCCGGUCGGUGCGGGAGCGGGCCAAUGCAAAUGUCAAGGCCAACAUGAAGAUGAUUAAUAUGAUGGCGACGUAUUGGAAGUUCGCGGCGCUAUUGAAAAUCUACGUUCGAUGCUUGCAUGACGGACACAAAAAGCACCCGACGGUCCUCGAAGACGAGCCAAAAUACGCCGACCCCGGGAAGCUGACAAGCUUCAGAGUGAAUGCUCCGCAUGUGCAGGCCUCUAUCCUCGAGUUUAUCGGCAUUCUAUACUCGAAAGAAGACGGGUAUGCAAAGCCAGGAGAGGAGGCCGGUCCUGAAAUCGAGCAUGCUGGUACUGUAGGCGAGGAACCGCCCUCUCGAGGGUGGAUCUCAGAAGAUCACGAAGCAGCUCCCGUAGAAUACAACGAACCUCAGAUCACAAGUGAAAACCACUGGGCACAACCACAACCGACCGUCGCGUUCACGCCAGACUCUGAAGAACAAUGCCGGCCAAACCAGAUACAUCAGCAGCAGCAGCAGCAGGAGCGAGUCCAGACCUCCACGUCCACAUUACCAUACCAACCGCACGAUAUACUACCCGCUGAGGACCCUACCUUGGACAUAUUUCAACCUCUGCUCGAUCCGGAGAUGCUGGAGCUCUUCCCCAACGGCGAGCUACCAGACUUUUCAGCGUUUGACACGAUUCCAUUGGACUUGGACCACUUUGACUUUGGAGGGCUGGAAUGAUGCUCCCGGCUCUGCUGGCACAGGUGCUUGGCCGGGAAUCACAGACGCAAAUUAGACCGAGGGUUCCCGAGUCGGAGGGUAUGGCGCAAUACUGGAUGAUGACUUCGCCGGACGCAGACCG